CCUAUUGUCCUAGACUGCCUUAAUGCCCUGUACACAGCAGCAACCUUUGGUCUCUUCAAUUUCGAAGACUUCGACGUCUCUGAAUACGAAAAAUACCAGCAGCUCAAGCAUGGAGAUCUCAACUGGGUGAUUCCCCAAAAAUUUAUAGCAUUCAUUGGCCCCACGACAGAUCCUGGAACCCCUUAUCAUGCUCCUGAGCACUACAUUGACUAUUUCAUGAAGAAUAGAGUGAAAACUGUCGUCAGGUUGAACAGAGAAUCCUACGAUCCCUCCAGAUUCACAAAUCACGGAAUAUCCCAUUACGAGUUAUUUCUACCCGAUGGAAGUAUUCCAUCCAGAAAAAUUCUGCAUAAAUUCCUGAGACUAGCGGAGACUACCGAUGGCCCAUUAGCCAUUCACUGCAAAGCUGGAUUGGGACGCACCGGAACCCUGAUCGCGGCUUAUCUGAUAAAACAUUAUAAAAUGACCGCGAAAGAAGCAAUAGCCUGGACAAGAAUCUGUCGUCCAGGCUCGGUGAUAGGACAUCAACAAUCCUGGCUCGAAGACAUCCAGGAUGAACUCUGGAUGUCCGGUGAGCAACACAAACUGAGAAAUUUCGGUAACUCGAGGACUCUGAUUCAUCAUCACCGAGGAAUU